AUGGCAGGGAGAUUGAGCAACGUAGCUUCCAGAAUCAUGGGUGGAAGCGGCAUCGUCUCACGUUCUGUAGCUUCCUCCCUUCGUCUUCGCGCCGACAUGGGCCUUCCCGUCGGCAAGCAUAUCGUCCCCGACAAGCCCCUUCCCGUAAACGACGAGCUCGUCUGGGACAACGGCACGCCGUUUCCCGAACCCUGCAUCGAUCGAAUCGCAGACACCGUCGGAAAGUACAAAGCUUUGGCUUGGCUCUGUGGGGGUUUGAGCUGCUUUGCUGGUCUGGGUUUGUUGGCUGCGUGGAACGACAAGGCGUCCAAGAUCCCUUUUGCCCCAAAAGUUUACCCCUACAACAACCUGUGA